AUGGCGCCCAGUUUUGACCAUCUGCCAGACCCAGAGGAGGAUGAAUAUGAUGAGGAGGAGCUCGACUUCAGCGAUCUACACCAACGUUACGAGGUUCAACUUGAGCAAGGGUUGGAUACCUUUGUUGUGAUUGAUGGCCUACCAGAGGUCACGGAGGAAACGAGACCAAAGCUUAUCAAGUUUUUGCUACGGAAGUUGAAUGCCGUGGGCAGGACUCGGGAAGACUCGAUAUACAUGCCUAUCGGAGAGGAUGGCAAGUCCAACAAAUUCGCAUUCGUGGAAUAUUCCACUGCAGCCGAAGCAGUUGCCGCUUGCAAGGCUCUCGACCAAGUCCAACUCGACAAGAAGCAUCAGCUGAGAGUUAACAAGCUGACGGAUAUUGAGCGAUUCGGCCGGGAAGGACGUGUCGAUGAACAAUACACGCCUCCAAAGAUGGACGCAUUUAGUGAGAAGGAGCAUUUGCGAUCCUGGUUGGCUGAUCCUAGUGGCCGUGGUCGGGAUCAAUUUGUUAUGUACAAGGACGACCGGGUAGCAGUGUACUGGAACAGCGAAAAAGACGCCCCGGAAUCCAUCGUGGAUCGCCAACACUGGACCGAGUCAUUUGUCCAGUGGUCGCCACAAGGAACAUAUCUUACCUCAAUGCAUCAGCAGGGUGUGCAACUUUGGGGAGGUCCAUCGUGGACUAGACAAAAGCGAUUUGCUCAUCCAUUUGUCAAUUUGGUAGACUUCUCUCCCGGAGAAAAGUACCUUACUACCUGGUCAAAUCGCCCCAUCUUAAUCCCUGAGGAAGGCCACCCAGCAUUAUCUGUCGAUGAUGAUGGCAAGAACUAUGUUAUCUGGGAUAUCGAGACCGGCAAACCUCUACGCUCCUUCGCAAACAUCGAGCUUCCAAGCAAUAGUACGGAUGAAGCAGGCCAGCCCAUCAAGAGAAAGAUUAUCUGGCCAGCGUUCAAAUGGUCAUCUGAUGAUAAAUAUGUUGCCCGAUUAACGCAAGGUACUGCAAUCUCCGUUUAUGAGCUACCCAAUAUGGUUCUUCUCGACAAGACUACGAUCAAGAUUGAGGGCGUUAUGGAUUUCGAGUGGGCACCUGCCACGCCUCACCGAGAUGGUGUGAAGACAUAUGAGCAGUUGUUGUGCUAUUGGACCCCUGAAAUCGGUAGUAACCCUGCGAAGGUGGGCCUGAUGAGCAUCCCCUCAAAGGAAGUCGUCAGAACCAUGAACCUCUUCAGUGUUACGGACGCAAAACUCCAUUGGCAAUCUGAUGCCUCGUACUUGUGUGUUAAAGUUGACCGACACUCCAAAUCAAAGAAGUCAUUGGCUACCAGUCUUGAAAUCUUCCGUGUCCGCGAAAAGGGAGUGCCAGUCGAAGUGGUCGAUUCCAUCAAGGACACUGUCAUCAACUUCGCAUGGGAGCCAAAGGGCGACAGAUUUGUCAUCAUUACUACGGCUGAAGUGGUUGCCCCGUCUGCUGUUCCGCCAAAGACGUCCGUUUCAUUUUACUGCCCGGAGAAGGUCAAGGGUCCCGGUGUUGGCAACUUCAAGCACAUCCGGACUUAUGACAAGAAGAAUAGCAACGGUAUCUAUUGGUCUCCAAAGGGUCGAUUUGUCAUCGUUGCUACAGUCCACUCCCAGCAAAGUUACGAUAUGGAAUUCUUCGAUAUGGACUUUGAAGGAGGAGAGAAACCAGAGAGCGAAAAGGACUUAACGGCGAACCUGCAACUCAUGAAUACUGCUGACCAUUAUGGCGUUACUGAUAUUGACUGGGACCCUACUGGCCGAUUUGUCGCCACCAGCGCCAGUAUCUGGAAGCAUGCUAUGGAAAAUGGCUACCAUCUGUACGACUUCAAGGGCGAGCAGCUCCGUGAGGAGCCCGUGGAGAAGUUCAAGCAAUGGCUUUGGCGCCCACGACCACCAACGCUGCUUACCAAGGAAGAGCAAAAACAAACUCGCAAAAAUCUGCGCGAGUUUAGCAAGAUCUUCGAACAAGAAGAUGCAGACCGAUACGCAUCAGCCGAUCUUGCUGUUGUCGAGCACAGGAGAAGAUUGCUAGAUGAGUGGAUGGCGUGGAGAGCAAGCGUGGAAGAGGAGGUCGAGGAGGAGCGGGAGGCUAGAGGUCUACCACAGGAUCCAAUCGAGGGCUUGAUUAAGAAGACGGAUGAGAGCGAGGAUCAAGUCAUCGAAGAGAUUGUCGAAGAAAUCGUGGAGGAGUCUGAGGAGAUUAUGCCGUGA